CAUCACUGUCCAGCUGGAAUCCAUAUUAACAGUCAACGGCAGCCAUGGCAGAACUCAGCGCCAUACGUUAUGAGCAUUCAAUAUACGGUAGUGUUCUGUAGCUCAAUUUGCGUACGGCCAAUAGUACAUGGGCGACGCAUCAGCUUGCGGAAUUGGUGACUCGAUGCAGAAUAUCGUUGCGUCAAAGAAAGCUGCUUUGAACCGUCAUUCAAUAUCACCUGGGUCGCAUUCUGUUGCGUUGUUGAAAGUCGAAUUGAAGGCUGUCUGAUCUUUCAGCAACACGGCGGAUGGGCACCAACAUUGCUGCUCGAAAGCACAGUGAGCUUUAAUAUUCGCCCUUAUUCACAAAGUUCUGCUUUAUCAAGAACAUCCAACCAGGUUCUCCUGGCACCGUCUCACCACUUACAAACCAAACUUGGUUAACGCUGAUUCCUUCCUGGGAUACACGCGUGGAGAAGCAUGGCCGCCCCCAGUGUGUCGCAACGGUGUGCGCUUUCCUAUGGACCUGCAGUUGCCCAUGCCCAUCUUUCUAAAGGAUGCUUCACAAAGGUUGACCCGCCCCUAGUGGCCCGCGGCCGAGUCCAAAUCCCCACUCUAGCAAGUGUCCAGUCCGUGUCUUCUCUGCGCGCAAUCAGUACUCUGUGCAAACGAACAUGCACGGCGGGCGUCAGGGCCCGUCAAGAACCGGAGCAGUUUGUCUACCGUGGAAGCGCGCCUGGAGCUGGGGGAGUGCCCUGGAGCAAAAGAGCGGAUCAGUUGAGGAAUGGCCGGCAGAGUUUUUCAAAGGCAGCUGGUACGGCGGCUCCGGAAGCGCAGGGUGGCAGUGCAAGCGACGAGCAGCGAACCGCGCUUCUCACAAGUUGGCUGGACAACGAGGAACGGAGGAAUCUGCUGGCCCUGGCAAUCGACGCAGCCUUCCUCUUACAAGGCAUAAACUCAGUCAAAGGCAUCAUUGCGAACGAGCUGGCCCGCCAAGAGCCCAAGGCCAUCGCCCCUUUCAUAGACACUGCCUACGGAGGGCUCCAGCAAAUGAAAACAGGUCUCAAGACGGCCAUAGAAGCGCGCACGACCGGACGGCCGGUUCAGGAGGAGCUUCUCACCGGAUUUGUCCGGCAUACCAAGGAGCUCGCGGCCAGUGUGAACGGGCUCCUAACCAAGGGCUCAGACAAGACGGAGGUUUCGGAGGACUUCCUGCUCGGGCUUGCUAAGUUUUCGAGCGGGUCGAGUGCCGGCGCCGGAGCGCUUGCUGUUGUGCAGAACCUCACCGAGCAAAGUGGCAAAAGGGCCUCGGCCGAAGCCCAGGAUAUGUGCGCCGACUACCUGGAUGCCCUGCUCGAGGGGUGCCUGGGAGUUGUGCAGUCGCUUCUUGUCGGCCUGGAGAAUGUCAGGGCCCUGUUCGAGUUCGAAGCGCCCCCGCCCUCCCUCCUGUCACGCUUUCAGAUUCAGUUGACCCGGACACUCCCAACGAAAUUGUUGCGUACCUUUGGGAGGGAGGAAAGCGUGAGCGACCGCAAGGAGCCUCCGGCGCAGGGGGUGGCCAGCUUGGGAAAGCCUGUGGAACUGCCGUACGCAGUUCAGAAGGUGUUCUUUGCCACCGACCGCGUACUCGCAGGAGGAUCCCCCGAGGGCGUGCUGGCAUACUCCAAUAAGAUGCACGACACGCUUGAAACGGGCUGGACCAACGUCAGCAUCCCCAGCAAGUGGGAGGACGGCUCGCGGCGCAAGCCCGGGGAGAUCGGCAAGGACACCGACGACUCCUCGGAGCGCGCCGCCCAGUACCACAUCAUCCUCCUCCCGGGCCAGAACGGUACGUACCCCUCCGACCGGGUCGCCUUUUACGAAGACCUCCGGCAGGAAACCGAGGCGCGGGGGGGCGAACUCCUGCUCUUCAUCCACGGCUUCAACACGUCCUUCAAGGGCGCGAUCCGCGGCGCGGCGCAGCUCGCGUUCGACCUCAAGACGGACGCCGGGAGCUACGAAGGGGCGGUCCUCGCGUACGACUGGGCCUCGUACGCCGAAACGCUCCGCUACGGGUUCCUGCCGGGCAAAGGAAACGACGACCGCGACCGCGCGCGCACGUCGGCGGGGCGACUGGCCGGCCUGCUGCGGGAGCUGGCCGCAAGCUUCCCCGGGAAGAAGCUCCACAUCGUCGCGCACAGCAUGGGCAACUACUGCCUCAAGAACGCGCUAGACCUUCUGAACGCCGACCCCGCCGAUUUCCGGGUCAUGGUCAACCAACUUCUUCCCCUCGGGGGAAGCCCCGACGCCCCUCUGGUGACCCUGUUUUGCUCCCGGGGCGAUUGGGCGCUCGUUGUGUCGUCCGUGUUGCGCUUCGUCGGCGUCGACUUUGGGUACCGGGCCGGUCUCUUCCGGGAGUGGCUGCUCCUUCGCAAAGGGCACCGGGUGCACCCGGUGCUCCUCCCCGGGCAGCUCGACACGGUGGACGCGUCGGGGUUCGCCACCGACGGGUUUGGCCACGGCUACUUUUCUAACAACGAGAGCCUGCUGGCGGAGAUCUCCAAGAUCAUCAACCACGGCAAGGCCGCUCAGGAGCGGCUCCAUAUCGAGCCGCUCUCGCUUGAGGUGCAGUCUGAGUGCGAGGCGUGCACGAACUGGUAUAAAGUCACCAAGCCUAAGCCGCAACGGGCUUAG